CAAUGCACAGUCAAAAGUUAAAUGUCUGUUUCCAGGUGACAUUCCUUGAUGAAGGAGGAGAAGGCUCAGAAGGAAGAGUGUUGCAAGGAGAACGCCCCCGUGGUUCAGCCCUGGCAGCGUCUGCCAUUAGAAAUUGAUAAGGCAGGAAGCCAUGCAGAAGGCCUUUCCUCGGCCAAGGCCCUGCAGAGACCCCCCGCUGAGCUGGAGGCCGUGGCUCUCUCGAGAAGCCCUUGCGUGGAUUGAAAAGCUGAACUAACAGCACACCUCAAUGAGGAAUCCAGGUAUGGCUGUGUUUAAGCAACAGAAGGUAGAAGACAUUUAUGAGAUCGGAGAAGAGCUGGGAAGCGGCCAGUUUGCGAUCGUGAAGAAGUGCCGGGAGAAGAGCACGGGGGCGGAGUACGCUGCCAAGUUCAUCAAGAAGCGCCAGAGCCGGGGCAGCCGCCGCGGGGUGAGGCGCGAGGAGAUCGAGCGGGAGGUCAAGAUCCUACAGCAGGUCCUCCACACCAACAUCAUCGAGCUGCACGACGUCUACGAGAACAGGACGGACGUGGUCCUCGUCCUGGAGCUGGUGUCUGGAGGAGAACUUUUCGAUUUCCUGGCCCAGAAAGAGUCUUUGAGUGAGGAGGAAGCAACGCAGUUCAUCAAGCAGAUUCUGGAUGGCGUCAGCUACCUGCACACCAAGAAAAUUGCCCACUUCGAUUUAAAGCCCGAGAACAUUAUGCUGCUAGAUAAAAACAUCCCGAUCCCGCACAUAAAACUGAUCGACUUUGGUCUGGCCCAUGAAAUAGAAGAUGGAGUCGAAUUCAAAAACAUUUUCGGGACGCCGGAAUUUGUCGCGCCGGAAAUCAUUAAUUACGAAGCUCUCGGGCUGCCAGCAGACAUGUGGAGCAUAGGAGUUAUCACGUACAUACUGCUGAGUGGGGCAUCGCCGUUCCUUGGAGAGACCAAGCAGGAGACGCUGGCGAACAUCACCGCUGUGAACUACGACUUCGACGAGGAGUUCUUCAGCCACACCAGUGACCUCGCCAAAGAUUUUAUACGGAAGCUUCUGGUGAAAGAUACGCGGAAGCGUCUCUCAAUACAAGAAGCACUCACGCAUCCCUGGAUAAUGACUCACCAGUCCAGAGGAGAAAGCAAAACGCCGCCAAGCAAAUGCGCCGAGAACCGGCGGCUGAAGACCAAACGGCUGAAGGAGUACACUCUCAAGUGCCACUCCAGCAUGCCCCCGAACAACACGUACAUCAACUUCGAGCGCUUCUCCCGAGUGGUGGAAGACCUCUCCGGGAUGGAGCAGGGCUUCAGCGCUAUGGCCGCGUCCCACGAUUCCUUGCAGGAGGACCUGGACGCCCUGGUCUCCAUUUACGACGAGAAGGAAGCCUGGUACAAAGAGGAGCACGAACACGUCAGGCACGAACUUUCCCAGCUGAAGUACGAGUACCGGAAGGUGGAGUCCCUCAAGAAGCACCUGCAGGAAGACGUCCAGGCCGUCGGGGCCAGCCUGACCAGCAUCGCGGGGAAGUACCUGGAUCUGCAGUCCCAGUUCGAGGCCCUCAGCAAGGAGCUCUCGGAGGAACUCAGGUGGCUUCAGGACUGGACUGGCACUCUGCAGCUAGACCACGGGCCCCACAGCCUGGGCAGCCUCAGCUCUGCCUGCGACAGAGACAUCGGCGAAUCUCUGACGCAGCUGUUGAGCAGGUCUUGCUGUGAGGAAUUCCUGGCUGCUUUGAAUGUGGGGGUCCCAAAAGCAAGCUAGUGAGAUUGCUGGGGUGGAGUCUUAGUGGACUGAAAGUGCCUUGCUCUGCAUAUGCGGAAGGGGCUCGAGAGGGAGCUUCCUUCUUUCCAACAGACAAUAAACACAGAUCAUCUAAUCGAAAGUGUUGGUGCAUGUCUGUGAAUGCACCAGCAGCCAACAGAUAAACGCCAGGCCAUGGUGAGGCGGGAGUCUGUCAUUAACCUGGAAAACUUCAGGAAGCAGUACGCCAGAAGGCGGUGGAAGCUCGCUCAAAGCAUCGUC